AUGGCGGAAGUCGAUCCUUUCGAUUCAGCCCUGGACCUCCUCCGCCGGCUUAACCCCAAGCACACGUCGGCGCACCUCGCCGCCAUCAUCGCGCUCGCGCCGGACCUGACCGAGGACCUUCUGUCGUCGGUGGACCAGCCGUUGACGGCGCGCCGCUGCAAGCAGACGGGCCGCGACUACCUCCUGUGCGACUACAACCGCGACGGCGACAGCUACCGCUCGCCCUGGUCUAACCAGUUUGACCCGCCACUGGAUGAGGCGGCUGGUGGUGCUGGGGGUGGCGGCAGCGCAGGGGGCGUCGGCGCCGGGGGCAGCGAGGGCGCGGGCGAGGGCGCCAUUCCGAGCGAGAGGGUCCGCAAGAUGGAGAUCAAGGCCAACGAGGCGUUUGACGUCUACCGCGAGCUGUACUACGAGGGCGGCGUGAGCAGUGUGUAUUUCUGGAACCUGGACGACGGCUUUGCCGGUGUGGUUCUGCUCAAGAAGUCCUCACCGCCCGGCGGUUCCUCCGACGGCGUCUGGGACUCGAUCCACGUCUUCGAGGCGAUUGAACGAGGCCGUACCACGCACUACAAGCUGACCUCGACCGUCAUUCUCUCCCUCGCGACCGCCGCGACCGCCACCACCGCGCUCGGCGACCUCGACCUCUCGGGCAACAUGACGCGCCAGGUCGAGCAGGACCUGCCGGUCGACACGGACGAGAGCCACAUUGCCAACGUGGGCCGGCUGGUCGAGGACAUGGAGCUCAAGAUGCGCAACCUGCUGCAGGAAGUCUACUUUGGCAAGGCCAAGGACGUGGUCGGCGACCUUCGCAGCGUCGGCAGCCUCAGCGACGGCGCGCGGGACCGCGAGACGCAGCGCGGCAUCAUUGGCAGCAUGCGGAGGUCAUGA